CAAAUUGCCUAAGACAACAUUAUCUUUACCCUUCACAGAAAAGAAGAAAAACAUAUAUAUCUCAAACCUCUUUUGCCCAUCACACAUAAAAAUCAAGCCUAAUGGAUAUAUCUUCAUUCUCCUCCCAUCUCAACCUCCUCAUAACCUCCUUCUUACUACUUCAAUGUCUAAUUGAUUGUAGCUCAGCCAACUCAGAUAUCAACACUGAUCGUUCUUCACUCACUGCUUUCAAAUCUCGAAUCUCUUUCGACCCCCAUAAUAUAUUGACCAAAAAUUGGAGCGACGAUAGCAAUAUUUGUAGUUGGAUCGGAGUGACUUGUGAUUCUCGGUAUCACAGGGUGACUCAGUUGAAUGUAUCAUCUAUGGAUCUUGUAGGCACCAUUCCACCCGAAAUCGCAAAGCUUUCUCAUCUUGUUUCUUUAGAUGUGAGUGAAAACUCUUUUCAUGGUCCUAUUCCCACAUCUAUUUUCAACAUGUCAAAUUUACAAGUUUUGGAUUUGAGGAAUAAUAGUUUGUCUAGUAAACUACCGUUUGAUAUGUGCAAACACAAUCUGCAUAAACUCAAGAGACUUCGUAUUUCUUACAACGAGUUGUAUGGGGAAAUACCAUCGAGUUUGGAGGGGUGUUCGCAGCUUGAGUAUCUUUCUUUGUACAGCAACAACUUCAGUGGACAUGUGCCAUCACAGAUUGGGAACUUGACAUUGCUUCAACAAUUAAGCUUGGGAGCCAACAAUUUGACUGGUAAUAUUCCAAGAGAAAUUGGAAACUUGACAAUGCUUCAAUUAUUGAACUUUGGUGACAACAAGUUAAGUGGUAAUAUUCCAAAAGAGAUCGGUUAUCUUAGUAACUUACAAAGUUUGAACAUUAGAGUCAACCAGUUCUCAGGUGCUAUACCGACAACUAUUUACGGCAUGACUUCGUUGAUGUAUUGUGACUUUGCAUUGAAUCAUUUAAAUGGAUCAUUAUCAAGAGAUAUUCGCAACAUGACAUCCCUCCGCAGAAUUGGCCUUGAAAAUAAUAAUCUAAUUGGUGAAAUUCCAAAAGAGAUCGGUGAUCUUGCUAAUUUCGAGCGAUUGAGUAUGUGUUGCAACAAAAUAACUGGUUCAGUGCCACGAGAAAUUGGGAACUUGACAAACAUGGUUGGUAUAUACCUUGGCAACAAUGCUUUGAGCGGUUCUAUACCUAAAGAGUUGGGCCGUCUUGUUAAUUUAUGGGAGCUGCAGUUGAAAGACAAUUAUCUAAUUACUGGAUCAAUACCAAAGGAAUUUGGGAACAUGGCAUCCCUUACCUACUUAUUGCUUUACAACAAUAAAUUAAGUGGUGCUAUCCCAAACGAGAUUGGAAACAUGACACUUCUUCGCGAAUUAAGGCUCUACAACAAUUCUUUAAGUGGUAACAUUCCGAAAGAAAUUGGUCGUCUUAAUAAUUUGAGGGUACUCAGUAUCGAAUACAACAACAUUAGUGGACCAUUGCCGAGAGAAAUUGGAAACUUGACAGCCAUUAGCGAGUUAUGGCUUUUCGAAAAUAAUUUAAAUGGUCCAAUACCUUCCACUAUUGGGAAUAUGUUAGAGCUGGUUUUCUUAGAACUCUCUCACAACAGAAUAGUUGAAGAGAUUCCAUCAUCUAUCUGCAACUUGAGAUCUCUUGCAAUUCUAGAAUUAUCAAACAAUCAUUUGGAAGGACCAAUUCCAAAAUGUUUGAGGAACUUGAGCACAUCUCUGUUAAUCCUCCAUUUGAAUGCAAAUAAACUUACUGGCCCCGUCCCAUCAAUAUUCACAAAGGGAUGCAUUCUUGAGUCAAUAAAUCUGAAUGGAAAUAAAUUGGAAGGAACACUACCCCAAACCUUAGUCAAUUGCUCGGGUCUACGGGGCAUCGACAUUGGUAACAAUGAAAUACAAGGUACGUUUCCAUUUUGGAUGGAAACACUCCCCCGCCUUCGUACCCUCGUCUUGACAUCAAAUAAGUUCAAUGGUACGAUGUUGGCGGCUUCACACGUGGAGCAACCAUUUCCAAAGUUGCAAGUCUUGGAUGUAUCACAAAAUGCGUUUGUUGGUUCUCUACCUGAUGGAUAUUUCAAGAAAUUUCGAGGUAUGAUAGAUGCCAAGGAAAACCAAACCGAUGAGUUAUAUUGGUUUGUAAGAUUUAUGGACUUGACUCUCACAGUGAAAGGACUGGAACAGUUAUUGGAGCGACUAUUGACAACCUUCACAACUAUCGAUCUCUCAUCCAACAAAUUCUCCGGGAGCAUUCCACCUUCUCUAGGAGAUCUUAACUCUCUUAGAUAUUUGAAUUUGUCACACAAUACACUCAGAGGACAUAUACCACCAUCUCUCGGAGGUAUGAGUUUGCUCGAGUCGUUGGACUUGUCUUCAAACAAACUGGAUGGAGAAAUUCCGAGUGGAUUGGCAAGGUUGACGUUUCUUGCCAAGUUAAAUCUUUCGAUGAAUAAUCUUGCCGGACAAAUACCACUAUCUACUCAACUUUCCACAUUUGGUAAUGAAUCAUAUGUGGGAAAUGUAGGGUUGUGUGGAUUUCCAUUGACGAAAAAAUGUGAGAGGAGUACUGACACAAAACCAUCGUUUCCUCAAGAGAAUGAUGAUGAUGAUGAUGAUGAGUACGGAUUUAUAGAUGGAUUUGGUUGGCGAAGUGUGGUGGUGGGGUAUGUAUGUGGAUCUGUAGUUGGAAUUGCAAUUGGUUACAUGAUUAUAAGAUAUGGAAGGCCAAGAUGGUUAGUAGAAUUUUUUUUAGGAGUCGGAUAUACUAACGGUAUAAAGAUGAAGAGAAAAAAUAGAGCAACAACAUGACCAAGAAGAUGUAUCUAGACAAUUGACAAACAUUGUAGUUUUAACAUAUGCAGUCAAUGUAUGAUGUGCACGUAAUGCAUCUUAAACUAUUGCAAUUUGCUUAUCCGACUCCACUCUACUUCUGCUACUAUUUGUACUAACAUAAAUAAUAAUCACUUUGAAUCUUAUACUAUUGUA